CCUCGACGCCUUCGGCUGCAUGACUGAACUCCUGGGACAGAAUUUUGACUUCAGUGGAAACAGGGAGUCGCGUUGUCGAAAGGAUUCAGUCCGCAUGGGGAGGGUGAAGAACUUCCUGAACACGCUCGACUUUCAAGUUCGUAUUUCUCGAAGAAGAUGAAGCGCUACGCCGUCCUGAUGUCGGACGUUCUCCACGAAGUUCCUCCUCAGCUGCUCGGUUCUUUACUGCAUGAAGAGCUGACGGAUCAGACGGACCGGCUGCUGUUUCCUGAAGCAACCACAGGGGGCACUCUGGCUUUUAUCCCAUUUAAACACACCGACUCCCAGCAUGGCUACCUCCUCUAUCCAGGAAACCCGGGACUGGACCGCCUCACCUUCCACAAGGUGGCGCUGCAGCACCAGCGAGGCGGUUCUUCCUCUGUGGACACCAGCAGGAGCUCGUUCAGCUUCCGGCUCAAAGGAUCCAUCAGACAGAUCAGCUGCAGCUCCCUCUUCACACAGUGUUGUGUUGGCGUUCGUUCGGAUUACUUUUGUGGAGUUUGGAGGUUCAGUGAAACAAACGAACCUCGUCUGCUGCAGGUUGUUGAAACUGCAAAGGUGUCGACGUGCAUCAACGUCAGUCCUCAUAUUUUAGGUGAAGUUCUGGUGGCCAGUGAAAGCGGAGCCGUGAAGCUGUGGACCGUUGGUAGAGGGAUGCAGAAGGUUCGGACGGAGGACACCAACCUGUACUUCAACGCCAAGUCGCCAUGGAGAUGGUGUGAGUUCUCAGCCCACCCGAGGGUGAUGCUGUACGCCGACCGGACCGGAGCGGAGCUCACCGACAUCAGAGUGAAUCCAGUCUCCGGUCACACUCUGUUUCGAAUCAGCAGCGCUUCUGAGUGUCGAAGUGGAGAAAGACUCGUUUUAUCCAAAUAUCUGGGAGACGCUCACAGUUUCCAUCAUCUGAUAACCACACAGUACUCGGCCUACAUUAUGGAUGAGCGUUUCCCAUGUGUGCCCAUGUUGAAAUGGGAUCAUAUGAUGGAGUCCCCACCCAUGUCUUGUCACAUCGUUGCUGGUUCCGCCUCCUCUGGAUCUGAAGAAAGAACCACUAAGGUUCUCCUGGGGUCUAGUGUCUCACAGGAAAUCACAAUGCUGCAGUACUCAGGAGGCAGAGCUGAAGCUUGUUCCAGUCGAGGUCAUCCUCAGGCUCUGCUCAGACCCACAGAAAGUCUGAAACAUCUUCCGGCUCAGAUCCCUCAUCGCCUGAAAACAGCAACCGACAGACUGUCCUCACCUGCCACAGGUCUGACUUGUAUCCAGAAGAAAUCAGGUGACGACGAGUGUCUGUGCGUCCUCCAGCUGACAGUGGCAGGAGAUAUUUUCUAUCAGAUCCUGGAGCCCAAGCAGCCAGACGCUGACACAUCUAAACCUCCAGCAGCAGAAGAUGAACAUCUGCAUCAACCAGCAGCCAAAGAACCUCCACAACCGGCUUCUUCAGAGAGAACAGCAGAGCAGCUUCCUCCAGAGCCGGUUAUAUCAGAAACGUCCAGCGAUGAGGAUGAAGUCGGUCCAACUCAGAAUGUGACCUCGCAGAGGGUUGUACCUGAAACACCAGAAAGAAACCCAACGCUGAGCAUGGACUCUGAGGAUUCAGAGUUUGAGUCCAAAAGUCGAUACCUGAAACUUCUGGCUCUGCAGGUUGUCGUCAACGAUGAUCCAGAACUUGACCGAGGGAAUGAUUUGGACGCGACUGUGAAAGAAAGCAGGAAUGUGGCUGAAGAUGAAGCUGAAGAUGCCGAGGAACCGAAUGUGGAGGAAACUGUAAACGUCUUGAGUCGCACUGUUCCCUCACCAGUAAAACUCAGCAGCACCACUCUGGUUACGUGGAAACACUGGCUUCAGAAACUGAGGCACAUUAGCAUUGGCAAGAAGAAACACUCAGACAGCUCGCCGUACUUCAAAAUCCAAACUGAAGGUUUGCUACAGCUGUCUGGCAAAGGUACUUCAGAGAAGGAACAUCUGCGAAGCUUGAGGCGAGAUCUAAAGUUGUGCAUGUCCAGACGUUCACUGCUGGUCCACAGCGGCGCUUCAGCCCCCUUCAGAGCUCCAGAUGUGGUUCCUCUACCCAACCAGGUGGACACCGAGGCCUGGACAGAUCGGCUCAACCAGCGGCUGACGACGUCCUGGCAGGGUGAGGAGGCGUGGCGGUCGUGGUGGAAGGAGGAGCUGGGGAUGAACAGGGAGGAGAAGAUGCAUGCUCUGAGGAGGAAGAGGAGGAGGCAGAAGGAGGCGAAAAGAGCCGCCGGCGAUGGAUUGAAGCUGACCGGGAGCUUCACCUCUUCUGUAAGCUACCAGUCUGGGCUGGACGACUUCUCCGAUCUGUCAGGCUGGUCUUCGGCUACGAGCCAGAGCGCCUGGUCAGACUGGGAGGGUCGACAGGUGUUGUCCCAGGGGGAAGAUGUUUUGGAGUACACAACACCUUCCACCGUUCAAAAUGACACUCCAUCUCCCACCCCAACAGCCACACCUCAAAGACCUAAAGAUGGACGAGGUGACCGGCAAACUCCCAGCAGACCCAGUAACUUCUCUGUGUCCCAGACACAAACCAAAACCAGUCAGAGGAAGAAUAAACGCUCAGCAGACGAAUACCUCAGCUCUCUGUUUGCACCGCAGGACGACCCAUCACAACAUGGCUGUUACUACCUGGAUGAAGAAAGCACCAUGAACCCUCCACCCGUCGCCUCCACCUCCUCUCAGCUCCGAAGCUCCCAGUCGGUCCCAGUGGGGAGCUACCGGGCGGAUCUAUCCCAGGAUUCCUUCUUCGCCUCGGGUUCCUCUCAGUCCCAGUUCCUCUCCCAGAGCUCUCAGGAUCGAUGGGGGUCUCAAGCAUCGCAGCCCAAGAAGAAGAAGUCUCGAAUGGGAUUUUGAUCGGUUUAAUUGGUGGAAUUGUGUUGUUUUUUUUGGUUUGUGGAUUUGUAAUACGGAUCUGUAUCGUGAACUGGAUCUAAUCGAGGAGGAUCGUCAGGCUGAGGAAAGUUACCGGCACACUGGUUUGGUAGGACCGAAUGUAAUUUAUUAUUUAUGUCUUGUGGUUGUGGUUUCUGUUUAGUUUGGUGAUAUUUUUUAUGUAAGUCAUUAGGCAUCACAGUGGCAGCUGGCUGGUUGCUAUUUCAGUCAUUUCACUUUCAUUUCACACCAACGCCGAGCCUUGAAGACGAUUUACCACAGCUGAUUCAGUGAAAUGAUUUAUGGGUGAUCUUUCUGGGACAAAAUCCAAAAAGAACUGAGGGAUUUUAAAGAGGACAUAUCAAGCUCUUUGUGACUUUAUGUCAUCUCUGGACUGCUAUGAUGUCAUUAUUAGUCGAAUAACUGGAUAUUCUUAUUGGGAUUGCAAAUUUGGAACAAUUCUUUUUCGAUUAAUCGAAAUGAACAUAGUGGAGAUCAUUCCAUGUCUUACUAUCACUGUUUAAAACAUUUAUUCAGCUCGCCUUAAACAGAGAGACAUUACUCGUCACAGAAGUCCUUAUCAUGGUGCCCUUUUCUAGCUAAAAACCCAUAAUGCUCUCUGCCAGUAGUCCGAGUGACGCCUCAUCGGGUCACUACGGUGUUAAACGGUAAGAGGAACCAGAUAUUACAGCUAAUGUACCGUCCUUCCCUUUAAAUGCAUGUCCUUUGUCUUCUGCCUUAUUCGUUAAUUUAGUUAAAAAAAACAACUAAAUCAUCGUCAGCAUUUAAUUGACAAUCAUUAACGUUGCUAGUUAGCAAAGUUCACAGCCUUUGCCGCUAAUGUUUUAGGAUAAUUCUGUUCAGUUUCCAACAGGUUUGUGCCUUUUAUUAACUGGGAUCUCGCACUUUUUGGGCCCGUAUACGCUUUGAAAAAAUAAAUAUGUAUUUCCCACCAAUACUACUUUUAUAUUCAGCAGUAAGUUUGCUUCUUGCUUCUGUAAAUACAAUGAGGAAGUUGUGAGAGGGGAAAAUCCGGUUCUCAGACAAAAGAGUUGGCAUUUUUAUAAAGAAAAGAACACAGUUUAUUUAGAAUUAAGUCGCAGUUUCCUAAGAAAUUAAGUCUUAAUGAAAGCAGAGAGUUUGUGCAAGACAUAGCAACAAUAUUUCGAAUUAAAUCGGAAUUUUUGGGGUAAAAUGAAUAUUUUAGGAAUGAAGUUGUUCAUUUCUGGUUGCAGUAGACGGAUGGAAGCAGUUUGUUGGUUUUUAUAUGAAGGUUCUGGAACUAAACUGGCCAAACAACCUGAAGAGUCGAUUCUAACUUGACGAGUUAGAAGUUGGAGCUUUUAUUGUGUGCAGACGGUGAUUUAUAAAGUGGUCUAGCAGCUUCACAAGUCUGAUAAGAUGGUGUCAGAUUAGGUGAUUGGAGUCAUAAAGUCUUAGCAGAGAGACUUUUGCAAACGUUUGUAAUCGAGAACGUGGCGAAGACCAACCACCAGAACGUAAAAGAACAACCUCAAAGUUCCUCAAGAGAGACUGACAAAACACCUGUGGACUUGUCCUUUUUUUACCACUUCCUGUAUUUAAACUCUGGCUUCACUGUGGUGUUUGUCAGGUGUCAGUUGUAGUUAAGUGUGGAACCUUAUACGGGACAAAAUGGUGGAUUGUCGUACCUUCAUGCUCAGGUUUCAGCCCCAACACACCACUAAAACAGGUUUACGGUGAGUUUAAUAGAAUGCAAAAUCUAGUUUCUUGACUUUAUCUGAUGCUGUUUUUAACGUAGCAGCAGUAGAAGCAGCUACAAGACUUCUUCCAUUAAAUAAGUCUUGCAGUCCUUUAAAGAAAUAGAACAACCAUGAAGGAGAGAGAACUCAGAAAUGUGCAGAAUAACAGAUUUAUUGCCAGACAUUAUCAAAAAAAAUUAAAUCCUAUGCUCAAUAUUCAUCCUCGUACCCUCAGGUGUUACCAACACUGGAAAAAAUAGCUGCUAUUUUCACUUUUACAUCCUCUACUACUCUGCUCAUCAGCUGUAGAAAGAUGUUUCACUAUGCUGAAUGUAUCUCCAACAACUAGCUGCCCUGUUCACUGUUUAUGAGCCAUGCCACAUUCAUGGAAACACUGCCUGCAGUUCAACCGAAAACACAAUUCUUUUUUGUCUCGACUGUUGGAAACAGAAAAAUUUGUUAAAAUAUGACAAAUUUACGCUAAUAUUUGGGUUCUUUUGGAAAGAAACUUCACGUACGACUUAUUCGUGGACCUUCGUAAGGUUGAAAAUCUGGCAGUUCUGAUCUGUUUUUACAGUUGGUUUUUUUUUUUUUGCUUGGAUAAAAUAUGUAAUUUUUGCCUUUUUUGGAUAAAGAAAACCUGCCUUUCAAACUCACCAUAUUUUGAAGUUUCAGAGGCAAAGUGAAUUAUUUGAUCAAUUGAAAUGCUAAUGCUAACAUGCUAAUAUACACAAGAGUAAAGAUUACAUUUUGUUUAAUCUAUGAUAAACUUAAAAGUUCAUCACGUAUUAUUCUAACGUAUAUUUUGACAUAUGUCUCAAUUUUUGGUGUAAAGAAAUUGUGUCAUUGGUAGAAUCUAUUAUUUUUGCCAAUUUCUUUUAAGUGACACACAAACCAAUAUCAUGGCAACUAACGACUUUAGAAAUGUGAUAAUAUUCAUAAAAUAUAUCAAUAACAGCAAGGAGUUCUUCACAAAAUAACAGCAUGUAGCGGAAAUUCAGCAAGUUUUUUUUUUUUCUGUUUGAAGCAUCAUGAGAUCCUUUGAGUCAGUCAAACUGGCUGAAAAAUUAUUCAAAAAGUUCAUAUUUUACUUGUAUUAUGACUUCAACUUUGGAAUAAAAGCCAAAGUUAAAUCUUAAACUCUCAGUGGCUGCUUCAUGUGCAGUUAAUGUCAGAAAAUGGAUCCCAGCAGCUGAUUGUUGUUUUCAGACACAAAGAGAGAAAACCAGCAGACAAUAGACUUAAAAAUAAGAUUUUUUAUAAGAUUUUCUUUUUUCAUUACAGGUGACAAAAAAGAAUAAAUAACUCGAUAUCUACAAAGAACUAUUCACAUUUUUUUGUACAUCAUUUACAGUUUUACAUGUUUUUAUAUGAACAUUUUUAUACAUUUUUGACAUUUUUUCGACUUUUUCGACACUCGGUCAGCAUUAUUAGGUCGACAUUCUUUCAUAACACCACAGACUUUUUUUUAAGCUACAUCCUAAAAUUGGCAACUUUAAUAUUUAAAUUGGCUUCAUACGUACACAUACGUCCACGAACACGCACUCGUAAAUGUUUCUCAACACUCGAGAACCUCCAGUUCCACCAGUUAACACUUGAAGUUAGAUUAAAAAAUAAAAGUGUGCAAAUUAAAUAAACUCCUCCUCCUCCACGAUAACAACAGUCUUAGAUUAAUAACAGUCAGAAACAUUCUAUUAAAUAAACACCACGUUUAGGCGACCAUCUUCUGGUCUCGUUUGACAUCUGAGCACCGAGUUUGUUGGUUUUUCCAACGUCCGUUAGCUCGAGACCAAAAUGUGAUCACUUUUUUUUUUUUUUCAAAUAAUCCUGGAAUGUGACGUCUCAACAUGCACCAAAAAACACGUCUAAACAAACUAAAUCUAGCAAAGAAAGAUCUACCAGGAGGAGUCGGGAUCACUCAGCUGCCGGUUGUUGUCAUCAUUGUGCAAUUCUCCGCCAGCACUGGAGCUUAUUAGGUAAUAAAUUAGAGACGGCAGGUGUGGGGAGGCGGGCGGAGGCGGCCAAGGCUUCAGGUGUGGAGGUACUGGCGGUGUUUUUGGCGACGGAGGUGAAGGGGGAAGAAGGGGCCUUCGGCAUCGCUGCCCAGAGAGCUGCUGAGAGACUCUUCACCUGAACUCAUCGCGUCCUCGCAGGAAUCCUCGCUGUAGAAAAACACAGGAAGUGCUAUCAGUAAAUAACAGUAAAUAAUUUUGUAUUAUUGUGACCUGCAGCUACAUGUGGUUCAGAAAAUGUCACUAGUUGACUUCUGGAUUAUUUAUUUUUUUUAUUUGAGCUCAAAAAUGGAACCCCCCCAUAAUCAGAGGUUUUUUAGUCUAAAAACUAACGUACUGGUAGAUAGUGUGCUCUAAGGCUCUCCAAAUAUGACUAAGAAAGUUUUAGUUUUUUUAACACGCGAAUAUUUCCAUAGUUUAUAAUAAAAAGUUGAGUUAAAUUCAGAGUUGGUGCAGCAGAAGGUGGUGACUGGAGAUGAUGUAACUCAGGUGUGUUUGGUGUUCAGAUAGAGUGAAUAUGUCAGUCAGGUGUGUUCAGGUGUGAAGGAGUGACGUAGUUUCAGGUCCAGUCUGCUCUGACUCACUGGGUGGAGCUUUCAGACUAACAUUGAUUACUAAUGUCUGGCACAAUUUUCCUCCUCAUGUUCUAAUGUUUUCAAAACACCUUCAGUGGAAAAAAACAACCUCUGAGCUUUGACCUUCACGCUGGAAAUGACACCUUUUGAUGAAGAUAUGACUUCAGUAAAUGGUUGUUUAGAUCUACAAAGGUUAGCUUUACAACAUCUGCACAGCUGAUGUCCAUAUUUGACUGUUUUUUGUUCAGUUCCAAAUCAUUUCUUACUCUAUUUAACUGGGGCACCAUCACUACAUCCUGCAAUUUUAAAAGGCAAAUCUGAAGAUUUAAGUUUGUCUCAUGUUUAAAGAAGUGAUAUUAAAGUAUGAAUAAAGAACUAAGAAUUACUAGUAGAAAUAAGCAAUAUUUUGCCUUUUAAAGAUCAGACAUUUCAUGAAUUUAGCAUUUUGUUUUGUCAGAUUGAGAUAAAAGAGGACAAAAAGUCAUUUAUCUCGCAAAUACUGAUCAUGAAUCAACAAAAAAAAUGCAAUUUAUGUCACACUUUGGUUAUAAUUUCUCACAUUUAAAGAUGCAACGUGAAUAAAACUAUAGAUUAAUGGUUAAAAGACUCAUUGAUUUGCCCUUUUUCCUGAACUGAACUUAGCGAUUCUGUCAAAUGAGGACAAAGACGUCACAUGAUUUAGCAAAAAAAAAAAUCUAACUAGAAAGUCAGCAGUUUGGCUUCAGAUGUCAGCUGAUGAGAUGUGUGACGUUAAAAUGUGACUUUAAUGAGUUCAAAUGUGAACUUUAACAUUGAAACCGUUUGAAACUUCCAGCUGCUCUCUGGUUAAUGAUCUGUUUACCAGCUGCACGUUCUGUUCCUCUUUUUUUUUCUUUACAUACGUCGACUUACAUAAAGCCGAGGCUUCGUCAUGGAAACGUCUGUGUCAGUGGGACGUGACCGUCGACUCGCACACAUCCCAUAAUAAUCACCGUGGAGAUAUGAGAGGCCCUGGGUGUGACGUUGUGUUACGACAUGUCAGAAACUCGAGUGUUGCUGCACCGCUGGUUGCCUCAGAUCAGCCUAGACUUUUAAGAUUUCUUUAAUCCGUGGCCUAGUUUCUUUUUUAGGAGGUUUUUUUUUGCAGAAAAAGUGCUGAAAACUAAAUAAACUUUAGUAGAUUUUAAAAAGCUUGAAGUGACUCCAACUGGGGAUCAUCUUUGAGUGUUACGACACAGUGUUUUUGCAGUGUGUUGCUGUAGAAAUAUGCAGCGUGUGGUGACACAUCAGGUGUGUCUGUUCAGUGUUUUUCCUGCUUUUAAAUGGAAACUAAUCCAACAUUUCAGCAUCCAGUUCAGCUAUUUAUAUUGUUUGACGAGUGUUUAUUAAAGAACAUCAGCUUUUCUCUAAAGUAUUAGGACUGUUGUUGAUUAUUGAUGAUCAAGAAAGACAGAAAACUGAGAUUUUGGAGCUGGUAUACAGUAAAUGUUAUGUUUUACGCUUCUUCAUUACUAAUUCGGACUAGAACUGAAUAUGUAGAAAUCUGAGUGAUUAUAUUAGGAUGUUUACGUGGGAUUGACUGAGAUUGAUCAGUUUGUUGCUGUUAUGCUCUUAGUAUUUCACAGUUUUAUCACUUUUAUUGCCCAUUAAGGUCCACAUCUUGAAGCAUUACUUAGUGUCUGUCAAACUGUUUCAGGUUCAUCUGUGGCUGCCCUCUAGCUUAGCCAUUAGCUUAGAGAACAGCUAAUUUCCUGGUUUGUGUUUCUCGUUCAGUUUUUCUCUGCUUGAGACAUUUAUGAGACCAUCUAUCCCUACAAUUUAACGUGAUAUUUACUAUUUUUAUUCUCUAUUCUGUUUGGAAGAGUGUUUUUAAAGUGAAUGUGUGUUUAUUUCUUGUUAAAGUGUGUUCUUGGAGUUGUAACAGUUUUAAUAUGUUGUUCAGGAGA